AUGAGGUAUCGAGCCGGGCAGAGAAUAUGGGAGACGACUUCGGCUAUACCGCUGAGUGAUGGCAAUUUGACCGGCAAGAAGCAGGAGUUGUCGCCUUCUGAGGAGCAGGAGAGCGGGAGGUUCGAUGUCAAGCCCAACGAGUCAAUUCUCUUUUUCGACAAUUUGUUUCCUCUCAAGUUGACGCCGGUGCUGAGUCUGCUGAGUCGACGAACAGAGACGGACCAACAGCUGACGGAUCUUCUCCAGCGCUUCAACAGCUCGUCUUUGGGCAUCAUGGACCCGAUCCAGUUGGUCAAGAGAGCGAUACCGGAUAACUUGCCCAUCAAGGUGACCGAGAUUAUGCCGCGGCUUAAGGAUGGAGGGGCGUUUGUCAAGUUUGAGUAUGAUCCUAGUCUGAGUGCAUCGGAGAUUGAAGCCAAGCUUUUGAAGAAGCUGAGAGAAGAGCCGGUCAAGCCGUGGUUCAACCCUUUUGGAAGGAUUAGAGCCCGUCUUGUUCGCGGAGUUCCCUGGCUCGAGGACUUGCAUCGAUAUCCGUCGACUCUGGUCAUGGUAGAAUUCGUGCCCCCUGAACCAGGCGCUGCAGCAGCAGAGCUUCCAGAGGAAGUUCUCUACAGCCUCUUUCGCAAAUACGGAAAGAUUGCGGACAUCAUCCCCCAGCCCGCUGAUUCGAAGAUCACGCCGAGGUAUGCCCAGAUUGGCUUUCCUGUGCUGCGCGAUGCUAUCAUGGCGCGGAAUUGUCUGCACGGCUUUGUCCUUGGCGAGGCUCAGGGCGGCGGCAAGAAUGGCACCAAGUUGCGGCUUUCUUACGUGAAGAAAGAAAAGGGGCAUAGCAUCUGGAACUGGAUCACGUCCCAUCCUCGAAUCGUCAUUCCGAUUGUGGCUGCGCUCAUUGCGGGCGUCUCCGUCAUGAUCUUUGACCCUAUCCGGCUGUUCUUCAUCAAGGUGCACGUGCAACAUUCCCUGCGCUACACCGACUGGAGGAUAUACAAGUGGUUCAAGUCGCAGACUGGGAGCUUCUCCUUCCACAAGAAGCAGGAGCAUAUCGAAGGUCUCGGUACGAUAUGGAAGCAUCGCAAAGACCUCAUUGAGCAACUGCAAAGCUGGCUGGACGGCAGCUCGGAUACUUUUAUUGUUGUCACCGGCCCACGAGGUUCUGGAAAGGCAGAGAUGGUGAUGAGUCAAGCCCUGAGCGGGCGCAAAAACGUCCUUCUCAUUGAUUGCAAGCCGAUUACGGAAGCCAAUGGCGAGGCCGGCACCAUCAAGAGACUGGCGACGGCGGUCGGAUAUCGACCGGUGUUUUCGUGGGCCAACAGUAUCAGCAGCAUGGUUGAUCUGGCAGUCCAGGGCACGACGGGCGUCAAGUCUGGCUUCUCGGAGACUCUGGAAUCACAGUUGAACAAGAUUCUACACACCACUGCCACGGCCCUGAAAACCGUCGCUCUCUCGGAACGAAGCAAGGCGGACAAGGACAUCAACCUCUCCGAAGAUGCGUACUUGGAGGCACACCCCGAGCGCCGUCCGGUCAUCGUCGUCGACAACUUUCUUCACAAGAGCGAGGACUCGAGCCUCGUGUAUGACAUGAUUGCCGACUGGGCAGCUACCAUUGUCCAAAACAAUGUGGCUCAUGUCGUGUUCCUCACCAGUGACUCUGCCUAUUCAAAGUCCCUCACCAAGGCCAUGCCGGACAGGGUCUUCCGCACUCUAUCCCUGGGCGAUCUGGAUGCCGACGUGGCGAAGAACUUUGUCAUUACCCGCUUGGAAGAGGAUUGGAAGCGUGAGGCGCAGGAGGAAGCAGAGCAAAGCGAUGAGGAGAAGAAGGCCAUCCCACGGCCGAAUCUGGCAGGACUGGAUGAGGGCAUCAAGGUCCUCGGUGGCCGUUUGACGGACCUCGAGUUUCUGGCUCGGCGACUCAGGGCAGGACAGACGCCUCGCGAGGCGGUUGAAGAAAUUGUGACCGAGGACGCGACUGACAUUGUCAAGAUGUAUCUUCUCGGACGGACAGCCGACGCGGACAGGAAAUGGUCAACCGAGCAGGCCUGGCAUCUGAUCAAGUCUCUCUCCGAAAACCCGACUCUGCGGUACCACCAGGUUCUUCUCUCGCCCACCUUUGCCUCGUCGCUCUCUUCCAACGCGACAAACGGCGAGGCCGCCAUCGAGAGCCUUGCCGGCUCGGAGCUCAUCACGGUCACGACGCACCAGGGACGGCCCCAGACGAUCACGGCCGGCAAGCCGCUGCACCAGGCGGCGUUUGGGGUGCUCGUCAAGGACCGCGUGCUGCGCGCAAAGAUGGACCUGGCGGUCCUCAACGAGAUGGCCAAGGUGGAAGCCAAGAACAUUGAUGCCGUGGAGAAGGAGCUGCAGCUGCUGGGCGGGCUGCCGCGGCACACGGGGGAGUCGGCGGGCAGGGUCAUGUAUCUGCUGGGGAAGCUGGAUGCGGGCCAGAGGAAGAUUGCGCAGCUGGAGAGGGAGAUGGGUGGGUUGAAGAGGAUCAUGAAUGAGGAGUAUUGA